AGGGAGGGGGGUAUAAAAGACGGAAUGAGAUUUGAGCAGCUCUGCUUAUGAGAAGAGACUCUCUGAGAGCAUCACACCAUCGCCGCUGUUGUUUCGUCUCAUUCUUCACUGGAUACUGACUUCUGAGCGGGAUUCUUACAUCACCGAAAAUGAUACUUGGAUGAUGCUGCGCCAUGAGAUUCUCCAAGUUGGAUUUCUUUGGAUGUGCGUUGAGGACGGAGUCAGGAAGAUGAAGAGGAAGAAGCAGAAAUGUGUCUGACUGUGACCGGGGGACAGCUGCUGGAGAUGUCUGCGUUUUCCAGAACAGCGAGACGGACGUUUGAGGGGGACUUCCAAACGAUUUCACGUGAGAUCAAUGCCAGGGGGGUCUGACAGAGGAACGUCCAGGGAUGGAGGGUGUCAGCCAGCUCAAACCGACGCCUGCCAUCUACGGAGAGCUGUUGAACAUCUCCACAAAUGACACCCAUGCCAAUUUCACCUCAAAGGAGGAGGAGAAAGGCACAAACUUGGCUUUCCAGGCGGGGCUCGCCGUGACCUUAGCCCUCAUAACUUUCGCCACCACCCUUUCCAACGCGUUCGUCAUCGCCACCAUCUACCAGUCCCGCAAAUUACACACCCCGGCAAACUUUCUGAUCGCCUCCCUGGCGGUCACAGACCUGCUGGUGUCCAUCCUGGUGAUGCCCAUCAGCGCGCUCUACACCGUGUGCCAAACGUGGACUCUCGGGCAGGUCGUGUGUGACAUCUGGCUCUCAUCGGAUAUAACGUGCUGCACCGCAUCCAUCCUCCACCUGUGCGUAAUUGCGCUGGACCGCUACUGGGCCAUCACGGACGCGGUGGAGUACUCCAAAAAGCGCACGCCGGCGCGCGCAGCCGGGAUGAUCGCCACAGCCUGGGUGAUCGCCAUCUCCAUCUCCCUGCCGCCUUUCUUCUGGCGCCAGGUGAAGGCGGAGGAGGUGACGAGCUGCAACGUCAACACCGAUCACAUUUUCUAUACCAUUUACUCCACCUUCGGCGCCUUCUACAUCCCCACGCUGCUGCUCAUCGCCCUGUACGGGAGGAUUUACGUGGAAGCCCGGAAGCGCAUCUUGAAGCAGUCGCAGAACAAGCCCGGGAAGAGGCUCACCUCCGCGCGCCUCAUCACGAACUCCCCCGGUUCGGUGGCGUCCACCACCUCCCUGAACUACGGGACGAACGACGCCUCCUCAUGUGACACUACCUCGUCCGCGAACGUGAGCCAAGUCAAAGUCACUGUGUCCGACGCGCUGCUGGAGAAGAAGCGGAUCUCCGCUGCCAGGGAGAAGAAGGCCACCAAAACUUUGGGAAUAAUCCUGGGAGCGUAUAUUAUAUGCUGGCUCCCGUUUUUCAUUUACACCCUCCUAGUGCCUCUGUGCGAGUCCUGCUUCCAUCCGGAGUUAUUUGACAUUUUCACCUGGCUUGGUUACCUCAACUCUCUAAUCAACCCCAUCAUUUACACCAUGUCCAACGAGGAUUUUAAGCAGGCUUUCCACAAACUGAUACGCUUUCGAUGUUGCAGGGCGUGAGCAGUCAUGUGGCUAAAUCCAUUCAGCCAAAUAGAAUCUAAUGAAACCAGAUCACAUGAUUUGCAGAUGAUGCAGUGUUGAAUUCUCAAGGUGUUUAGUGAUGGAUCAGCAUCUCUAAGGACAUCCCUCAUCGCCUGCACUGUACAUACUGAAGUCUACAGACUCACUUUGCCAUAAGAGUUUGACGGCCGACGUCAGUUGGCUCCUAAGCACAAACAGCUUAGAACUAAGCUAUCAAGAGCCCUGCGGGCAAAAAAUAUUGCUUGUAUUUAUUUUCCUGUCACAAUAAGAGGAAAUAAUGGUGCCUACUACAAGCUUAGUUUGGUUUGUCAAACAUGCCUUCCCCACUUUGACAUGUUUUAGUGGGUAGGCUGUUUCUUUUUGGUUUGUUUUUACUUUAUGCUACGUUCAUACCGACUUAAGAACGCACAUUUUGAAUGCAUCCAUGGUGUUCACACUGUACUAGCAGGGAGGGGCUUCUUUUUUUUAAUUUAAUUUUUUUUUUGUGCGAAAUGUCGAAGCGUUGCAAAUCUUGCACCAGAAAUCAGAAUUCAUUCCCUAGCCCAGGGGUCUGCAACCUUCAACACUUAAAGAGCCGUUUGAGUAAUUUUCAGGAAAAACGAGACACUGAUAUGUUUUAUAUUAAUGUUACUAUUUUGAUAACUAUGAACAAACUUUUUUUUUGGCAAAAUAUAUAUAUAUUUU